AAUAGUCUCGAGCAGACGAUAGUGGCCGUCUCCGAGUAUUUCAGUUUAAAGUUAAUUUAAAUAAAGAAAACGAGGCGAAUAUGGUGAAACGAUCGUUUGAAGAUGAUCGGUCCGACAACGAACCUCCAAGGACCAAACGAAAGUUGGAUAUUGCGUCAAAUGAGAAAACAGAAGUGUUAACUAGCAAACCAGUUGGUGAUCAUAAUAAGAUUGAUGAGGUGACAAAUGUACCUAAGGCGGGGACUUCACUGGAACCGAGCAAAACGGAAAAAGUUGCUAAAAGCGAUGCUACAAAGGAUCCCGAGGUCUUAAAGAAGAAACCUAACAAGUGUGUUACCAGGAACGAGUGUGUUUGCGAUUCAGGGGACGAGGAGCCGACCAAAUCGCAGUUACUCGAGGAUCAUGAAGCUCACGUUUUGGUGGCAGAAUGGAGGUUACACAAAUUCCAGUCCCCCAUAGAGUUGAGUCACGAUGACAGCAUAAGCCACGAUCACUUUGACCCCUUGAUGUUCCACGGACAUUGGGAUAAACUUGGAGCGGCCUCAAUCGAAAACAAUGGAAAAACUGUUGUUAUACGGUUUGAAAGAAAUGAAAUGCCUUAUUUGGUUGGAGGACCUUUGCAUGGAGACACGUACGUUUUCGAGCAACUACAUUUCCACUGGAGCGAAGACGACACUGGCGGUUGCGAACAUAUUUUUGAAGGACAAGCAUUUUCAAUGGAGGCUCAUGCGGUGCAUUACAAUAAGAAAUAUGGGAGUUUUGAGGAGGCCCAAGAUAAACCUGAUGGGCUGGCCGUAGUCGGGUUCUUUCUGGAAGCUACCGAUAACGACGAUAAUCCUUGCUUUAAAAAACUUACAACUGCAGUGCAGAAUAUAACGAGAGUGAAUGCGACAGCAACGGUGGCACCUGAUUGCUUGACAUGGAUCAAAGAAGAAGCGCAAUGCAAGGGAUAUUAUACUUAUCAAGGGUCACUUACCACUGAGCCAUAUCUUGAGAGUGUCACUUGGAUUUUGUAUCCAACGCCGAUUCAUGUGUCUAGACAACAGGUCGCUCACUUCCGUGAACUAAAAUCUACACCGUGUGAAAAGAAGAAAAUCGUAAAUAACGUACGGCCUGUCCAGAGUCCGCCUUCGAACAGGAAACUGAACAUUUUCUAUGCCAGGUCGCACCGAAGAAGCAGCGAUUAAUAAAAUAUGAAUAAUUAUAUAGUCAAUUUUAUAAACACCAAUCUAAUAAACUAAGAUACCGUAUGUAUUGUAACUAAUAAAACUAUUUGAUAUUUUGAA